GGUGUCACUCGGAAUACGAAUCUUGCCGAUGAGCUCUGCCGACCACAAAGGAUGGUUCCAUCGAAAUUCCAUCGACUACAGGCCGUCACUGUUACCGAAGGGCGGACCAAGCACUAGAACUCAGUAUGAGCUUCUCUGUCUGCUACUACAGUCCGUCACUCGACGUUGUAUAUUGGCCAGCCACGCCAGCGGCACACUCCAGCACACAUUGGUCAAUGAACCUUGCAAGUCACUCUUCUUGAACACCGCAACGGAAUCCCCGACGAGUACCUGGCCUGCCUACGAGCACAGCGACACAACAAUUACUCGAUGCACGCCCUAUUGCGCAGCGAACAUCCAACGUCAUUCCUGGAUCCAAUAUGCAGCUUAGGUCAGCAGCCACCCUCCGAUGUUCCUUUUCCACUGUAGGGCUGAAGCCAUUGACGAAAGGAUUCUGUCUGGAUCCUGCAAGAUGCUGCGCACAAACAGAAAGUGGUGUGCGGACACGUGUGAAUGUCGAGCUCAACUCCCGCUGGCACGAAUUCCGAUGCCGCUCGUUCCUCGCCUGCCCAGCACAUAUGAGAUCUGGUAAGACGUCUCGAUGAUUCGAAGCAUUGACAAGCAAUCGCGUAGAUUACUCAGACAACCAAGUAUAGACUGGACCGAUGUCACCGCUGUGAUUACAACAUCUUCUGGUGACUAUGAGCGCCAUCUACAUCAGGCGCUGCGCACAACCUGCACAGUACAUAAACAUAUGUGGCAAUGCCUGGAACUAGAUGGCGGUUAAGCAAUUCAUCAUGCACGAAUAUACUAAUGUGACGAACGAGAACUGGAGAGGCAAGAAUGACCCUGCUGAAAGAAGACGCAUACAGAAUCGGAUCAACCAGAGGGCUUUCCGGCAACGGCAGCGCGAAGGAGAAUCUUCCAAAAGUUCUCGAAGUCAAAGUCCGUCAGAAAGUGCUGCUUCGACAUCUUCGAGGUCCGAGAAUGCAGUGAAGAAUGGCGGGCAAGACACGUCCAGCACAUUGGCACCACAACUGAGCGUUGGGAGCAAUACGUCAACAGGCCGCCACUACGAUGAUCUGGCUCGCCUGAUCAAUCGAAACUUCUACGCGGCAGUCUACUCGAACGCUCGUUCCCUAGGCAUCAAGCAAUCAUCAAUCCAACGUGCAGAGGUCGGCCUGACAGCGAAGUCGGACAAAGCAGUGCCGAAGACACUGGCCCCGAUCCCAGCACAGUACCAAAUUGCGCACGACCAUCUUAUCGAUGCUCUCCCACACGCGAGGCUCAGAUACAACAUACUACGGGCAACGGCAAUGUCACAGAUCGAUGCAACUAUGCUGUUCGACGAAUUGCGUUGCUCUGGAGCACUGGAGUGCAUUGGCGGCAGCUGGCAGAGAUGCGGAUUGAUUGUUUGGGGCGAUGCAGAUCAGGUGCACAGCUGGGAAAUAUCUGCUGGCUUCGUGCAGCGAUGGUCCUCUCUUCUCUAUGGAUGUGAGGAUCUGCUGGCAGUCACGAAUUCCUGGCGAGCACAGAGGGGGGAGCCCGUGUUCCCACAGUCCAUGAGUACCAGUUGAUGCAGAGAGCGCGACAUUGUUGUGCAGCAGCUCAGAUUGUUUCGUGUGUGAAGCGAAGGUAUCGGAUGAGCAACAUGAAGUCGAACAUGGCCUGGUAUUAGAAUAGAGCGCAAUGAUCCGGAAUCUGCACCGAGGGCUGGCUAGACCGGGAAGCUCCAACUCCGUUGACGCCUCGCCUUUCACGAUGGGAAAGGCCUGAAGACAGAGGGAGGCGGUCCAUAUGCAGAGGCAAUGAAACAGAAUAAAGCAGCAUUUUCCAUGCAUUCGCCGCUUUCACGCGCCUCGCAUGCUGCGGGGAUAUGCAAGAUGCACGCGCUCCCAUUUAUAGAAUUGCAAGAUGCAGCAGUAGCCGCAGGACGAUUUGUCGUCAUCACUGCCCAUGAAAGAAGCACGAUUGUACAGCA